UAUACAAAGUAAUAUAUAAACAGAGCAAAAAAAUGUCAAAUUCAUCGAGAUCUAGCUCGCUUUCUGAGUCUUUGAUCGAGACAAACGCAUCAAUUUCUUCAUCGGAAUUCAUGACGGCAAAUUCGGACGAAUCUAAUUCGGAAAUUUUGCCAUUUGCCGAUAAUAUUGAACCGCUUGCUUCGCCCGAUGAAAUUGCUGAGUACGAAGCUGCAGUCGCAGAAGAACGGCAGGUUGAGGACAUGCUGCAAGAUCGUUUUGAUGCCCGUGUUGAUGUUACUUCAUGGUGUGAAUGUGGCCAUUGUUCGUUGGAUCUUGUUGUCAACCCUCAAGAGUGCCGAUGCUGCAUGGAAUUAGAGCAAUGCCGUGGCAAAAUGAAUCAGUUCGAAGUCGAUGAAAGAAAAUGCAUUUUGGAUCACCCUGGCUUUAACGAAGUUUGCCUGAACGAAUUUGUUCUUCAAGCAGCUUCGUUAGGUUUAAAGACCAAAGGUCAUCGCAGUUAUGCGACCGUUUUUCGAGAUGGUCAAAAGACCAGAGAGGAGUUCUUUCGAGCAGUAUCGUACAGACUACUGUGAAGGUACCACAGGAUUCAUCCUGACAUUCAUCCUCACAUUCAUCCUCACAUUCAUCCUCACAUUCACCACAGGAUUCACCACAACAUUCAAAAUUAGCAUAAAGUGUGAAGUUGACACCACAUUCAUUUUAAUAUUAUUAAAUAACAUCAGUUUCAGAAACAAAA